AGCUGAACUCAUUCGAGCAGCUGUGCAUCAACUACACCAACGAGAAGCUGCAGCAGCUCUUCAACCACACCAUGUUCAUCCUGGAGCAGGAGGAGUACCAGAGGGAGGGCAUCGAGUGGAGCUUCAUCGACUUCGGCCUCGACCUGCAGCCCUGCAUCGACCUCAUCGAGAGGCCGACGAACCCCCCUGGUAUCCUCGCUCUGCUGGACGAGGAGUGCUGGUUCCCCAAGGCCACCGACAAGACCUUUAUAGACAAGGUCCUCCAGGAGCAGGGCACACACACCAAGUUUCAGAAGCCGCGACAGCUCAAGGACAAAGCGGACUUCUGCAUCAUUCACUACGCCGGGAGG